AUCAAAAGGGGGUGGGCGGGAAGAGAGAGAGAGAGAGAGAUAGAGAAGUAAAGAAACCGAGUACGCGAGAAGCUGCAUCCCGGCGGUCAGAGGAAGUUAUCACAGAGAGCUAAAGGGAGCUUCGUAUCUUCCCUUUUGUUUUUUCUGUCAAUCUUAUCACGUAAAGAAGGACGGAGGAACCGACGGUCACGAGUGAGUUGGCGAGGAGGAAGCGGGACAUGCUGGAACCACGCUGGAGACCCGUCCAGGGACACAUUGGUGAAAAUCCGUUUGACAACGGUUCGUGGGGAAAGGAGCAUUUUCAGCCAUCGACAGUUCCCUGGCAGCUGAAUCCACGCGGCCACGGUCGUCCUAGUGACGAUGGCAUAAUGGAUCAUGACACAGACGGAGACGGCGCGAUCAACUUGUCAACGUCACAGCGACCCUCCGCCGCCACUACCCCUAAUGGUGAUACUCCCACUUACGGCCAAGAUCAACAAGACAACGAUCAGGCUACUUCGCUGUUUGCAGCCCUGAAACAGCAGCAACAACAAUCGCGCGACAGCGUCUUCUCGUCGCGGGAUCGCGAUUGUCGCGAUAGGGAUCGCCUGUCUACGACACGCAAUCGUGACUCCGGCAGGAGUAACAUUGCGGAGACCGGCGGCGGCAACGGGGCUGCUGAUCAACAGCAGCAGCAGGAUCUUAGCAUCGAGUACCAAAGCAAUGGGAAGCUCAGUCCCGCCGGACACGUAGUGACAGCAGCACCCAUGACCCAGCAAAAGCAGCCAAUUAUCACGCAGCAGUCGCAACAGCCCAGCUCGGGGGCGCCAGGGCCCCAACCUAGUCCGCAUCAGAGCCCGCAAGCCCCGCAGAGGAGUUCACCGCCAAAUCCUUCCCAGGGUCCGCCACCCGGUGGCCCGCCAGGGGCACCGCCGUCGCAGACUCCCUCACAGAUGAUGCUCAGCUCGGCGAGCGGCCUCCAUCAAAUGCAACAGCUGCUGCAACAACACAUACUCAGCCCUACGCAGUUGCAAUCCUUUAUGCAGCAGCACACGUUGUACAUGCAACAACAACAACAACAGCAUCAUCAGGUCAGCAUCUCUUAUCAUGCAUCUAAUCAGGAACGUUUCGGCUACUUCUCUUCUUUAAAAAACCAUCAGCAUCAACUUGCGGAACUCAAUAAAAAACAAUUGGAGCAAGCGAUGCAGCAACUGCAAGAACAGUUGCAGCUGAAUUUAUUUCAACAGACGCAUUUAUUGCAAACGGCAGACAAGAAGAAGGCAUCGGCGCCUCUCCAACAACUAGCGAUUCAGCAGCAGCAGUUGAUACAACAAUUGCAAAUAACACAGAGGCAAUAUCUAUUGCAACAAGGGCUGAGCCUUCAAGGCCACAAUCCUUCUUCAGGUUUGCCACCAAAUGAUAAUCUAUCGUCAUGGAAAUCAGAGCCGUCGGAUACCCCGGAAUCCCACCAAAAUUCCAAUGUGCCGAAAUCCAACUCCGGAUUGAAUGGCAUUCUGAAUUCGAUAGCUUCGAGCCGGCGAUCCGAGGUGAAUGGCACAACGCCAAUGGAUGAAAAACCGCUGGACGCCUCCUGCAACGAUAAAGUUCACCCCCUCUAUGGCCAUGGGGUUUGCAAGUGGCCAGGCUGUGAAGUAAUUUGUGAAGACUAUCAAGCAUUCCUUAAACACUUAAAUACAGAACACACGUUGGACGACCGAUCGACAGCGCAAGCCAGGGUUCAGAUGCAAGUAGUAUCACAGCUAGAAAUUCAAUUGCAAAAAGAACGAGAUCGAUUAGGCGCUAUGAUGCAUCACCUGCAUAUGGCGAAACAGAUGGCUUCUCCGGAACCACCAAAAUCAUCUGAAUCAUCGACGGGCUCGAAUUUACCAAAGCUGAAUUUUUCCACUGCGCUGAUGAGUCAGCCGCCACCUAACUUCGGGGUCUCUCAGGUAUCACCGGUGUCCAUGUCCGCUCUGGUGUCCGCCGUGAGGUCACCUGGCGGUGGUCAACUACCCCCAUCGGCUGGUGGUGCUCCGAUACCGCCACUUCCGACCAUACCUAACAUGUCCGGUUUACCGCCGAUGCCUAAUAUGCCCGGCAGCAUGCCAAGCAUGGCUGGUCCUAUUAGACGGCGCAUCAGCGACAAAUCAGCUCUUUCUUUGGCAGGAGGACUGUAUGACGAGGGCAUUGUAAGGCGCAGAGUAUCCGUCGAUAGAUCUGGAUUAGAUAUUAACGAAGAAAUUCAACGAAAUAGGGAAUUCUACAAGAAUGCAGAUGUCAGACCACCAUUCACGUAUGCAUCCUUAAUUCGGCAGUCCAUCAUUGAAUCUCCCGAGAAGCAGCUGACGCUCAAUGAAAUUUACAACUGGUUCCAAAAUACAUUCUGCUACUUCCGGCGCAACGCAGCAACGUGGAAGAACGCAGUGCGACACAACCUGUCUCUCCACAAAUGUUUCAUGCGAGUCGAAAACGUGAAAGGGGCCGUAUGGACGGUGGACGAAGUGGAGUUUUACAAGAGACGGCCACAGCGCGCUUGCAGCACGACCGGGGGUGUCCCGUCGAAGAGUCCAACUCUAACACAUAGUCCUACCAUGUACGGUGAUGCGCUUAAUGCCAAUCUGCAGGCGCUCGGGGAGUCUAAUAUGGGAUUUUUGAACAAUCCAAUGUGCACGUCGACAGCGACAAGUCCCGAUAAGGAACAUGUGUUACCUCAUAAUGAUUUAAUGUCGCCGCUGGAUGAACCGGCCAUGCACAUAAAACAGGAGAGCCAGAGCCCGGAAGGAGGAAAGCACACGAGAUUAAUAAAGCGCGAGCUACCAGACGGUCCCAUGGAGCAUGAGACGGAGGAGGAUCAGACGGACGAUAGAGAAUACUCGGAGAGUCACGGCCACGAUUCCGGCCAGGACGAGGACAUUGCGGAGGACCUAUCGAUGGCGCCCGACAUAAUGAUCCCGGAGGAUCAGGUCGAGGCGUAGUAUCAUUUUGCCGCGACAACAAACCAGUAGACACGAGAUGUAUACAAGAUGUCCCGUUUAUUCGGUCAUGAGAGGAGCACUCUACCCUCUUUGGCCAGAGUAGAGUAAAGACGGUAGACAGAGGGAAAAUGAAUGAGGGAAAGGAUGGGAAGCGGAAAAUAACGGAAGCAAAGGGUCGAAGAGGAUGAUGAAGGCCCCCCAGGACCACCCACUCCCUCCACACUUCUCCUUCGUACGAAUCCCCCUCAACGUAUCAUAUCUGUACCGCGACGCCCCAAUCGCGGCUUUAAGGUAACGAGAAGGAGCCAAGCGCGAAUGUAUCGAGAAAAGACACUGAACGAUGAUGAAGGUGACGAGCGUAUUACCGGAUGAUGUAAGCGCGAAAAUCUCGGCGAUAUUCGGGGAGCGAUCCUUCGAUCCAUAUCUUUACUCAAGCAAUUGCGAACAACGAUGUAUUUUAUUUUCCUCUCGACCUUUUCCGUUCCGGAGCUGCGGUUAUAUCUCCAAUAGACAUAUACAUAAAUAUAUACAUAUACAUAU